AGGAAACUGCAGAGGAAAUUGCGGAUAAACCAAAGGAAACUGCAGAUAAACCAGCUGUACCUGCAAAGACACAAGAUGACAAGACAGCCCAGGACAAAAUGGACAAGGCUGCGGAUCAGGAGAAGGCAGAGCAAACAGACUUGAAAGCACCAGAAGAAGCUCCAAAAGAGGAAGACAAUGGAGUCGAUCUGGGGAAGACCAAGCUCCUGACUUUAGCUUUGGACAAAAUCAACGGCUCCUAUAACUUCAGUUUCCACAUGGUGAUCGGCCCGCUGGCGCAGGGGCUCUACAGCCUCAAGUUCCACUACUGCCAGAACAAGAUGCCUGGGUUCAAACUGCCCUACUCAUUCACUGUGGAAGUGAAGGAGAAGAACCUCGGCGGCUACCUGUCUGCAGCAGAGAUCCCCUUGUCCCGUCUGUACAUCUGUAUGGCUGGAGUGUUCUUCACCGCUGCCUUGGUCUGGGUGUACACGCUCAUGAAGCACAGGUACAGCGUGUUUAAGAUCCACUGGCUGAUGGCAGCACUGGCCUUCACCAAGGCCACGUCACUGGUUUUCCACAGUAUCAACUUUUACUUCAUCAACACCGAGGGGCAUCCAAUCGAAGGCUGGGCCGUCAUGUAUUACAUCACACAUCUGCUCAAGGGGGCUCUCCUCUUCAUCACCCUGGCUCUGAUCGGCACCGGCUGGGCCUUCGUGAAAUACAUCCUGUCCGACAAGGAGAAGAAGAUCUUCAUGAUCGUCAUCCCCCUGCAGGUUCUGGCUAACGUUGCCUACAUCAUCAUCGAGUCCACGGAGGAAGGCUCCAGUGAAUACUACCUGUGGAAGGAGAUCCUCUUCCUUGUGGACCUCAUCUGCUGUGGAGCCAUUCUCUUCCCCGUUGUCUGGUCGAUCCGUCAUCUCCAGGAAGCUUCCAGCAUCGAUGGCAAAGGUACGAGACUCGAUCGUCAUCAGUCAUCAGGUUUUAUGUCGAGCUGGUCAUUUACUUCUUUCCCUUCUUUUUCAGCUGCCAUGAAUUUGGAGAAGCUCAAGCUCUUCCGGCAUUACUAUGUGAUGAUCGUGUGUUACAUCUACUUCACGAGGAUCAUAGCCAUUCUGCUCAAGGUCACCAUGCCCUUCCAGUGGCAGUGGUGCUACGAGUUUCUGGUAGAAGUGUCCACUCUGAUCUUCUUUGUGUUGACGGGCUACAAGUUCCGACCGGCGUCCAACAACCCGUACCUGCAGCUUCCCCAGGACGAGGAGGACAACGAGGUGGAUGAAGUAGUGACUGAGUCCGGGGCUCUGGAGGGGAUUUCCAACGUGAAGAAGACGUCGAACGGGCGCGAGCGCCAGAGGGAGUCGACCUUGUGAGCGGGACGCCGCAUCUGUUGGAUGGACCCACAGAACACAUCCCCCCCCGAGCCAGCCUGGUUUGACGGGAUGCUCAUGGACCAAGGCGCUCCACCCGCGCUGACAGCUAUCACUUUGAAACCCCUGCGGUGUGGCAAGAGUUUUUAAAAAGAAUCAGAGGGGCCGUGCUUCCAGAGAGGAGACGCGUCCACCGUCUGGCUAUGCAAAGAAAAAAAGAAAAAUCAUACAAAACAAACAAAAAAAGACUUAACUCUCUGACGGGUUUCAUGAGGCGACGAGCUCCUGCCACAUGAGGAGACAUGGAAAUGAGCUGUGAUGUUCUUUACUGUUUCCAUCUCUCUUUCUCGCCUUUCUCUCUGUAUCCCUUCUCCUAAUCCCCCUUUCUCUAUCACUCCCCAAAGAUAAUUAUCAUUUUAGAGAGAGACUUGCUUUCAGGUGUGUUUGUAUUGGCUAUUUAAACGGUACUUUACCUGUUUGUGUGUGCUGUGAGGUCACGUGUGUGAAUGCGAGACGACGCAGGAUUUGAACACGACCAUUCUUAUUGGAGACGAUAGCCCGAAACUCAGGUCACAGGCUAAUCAGUAUAUCGUUAAACAUCGUGUUCCCUCACGCAUCCAGGACUCAGUAAUGUCCCAUCGAUUAUUACACAGCUUCUCCACCACCCACUACAGUGUGUUACGUUUUUAUAUAUUUGAUUUGUAUAUUGAAAUAUAUAUUGAAGUAAGAUGUUGUAUAUUUCAAUAUAUGGACUUAUUUGCAUAUUGACAGGUUCUGUUUCAGUAUUAUUGUUUCUGCUGGCGAGGUGCGAGUCCGUCACGUGGACGCUGCUGUAGAUUAGUGCUUUAGUGGUCGAGGUCGACUCGACGUGUGGACCUUGGAUCAGUUUCUUAACCAACCAGAGCAGCGGCCCUUCCUCUGUUCAACCACAGCCUUGUUUUAUUUCCUGUCUGUGCCGAUCUGGGCAGGGAGGGGACCUAACUGAUCACUUUUGAUUUCAUCUGCUUUUGGUUUUUACCCUUCUUUUCUUUCUUCUUUUUUUUUCUGCUCUUGAUGUGAAGCUUGUUUUAUUAAUUAUUGACGACUUAUUGGUUCGUGAAAGAUCAGAAAACGUGUGCAGCCCUGGGA